CGUUUUUCGGAGGCCUGGAACGCUUUGCUCUCAAACAUCGAACGUGCUGUCCAAAUGCCAAACGCGGAGAUCGCUCACAAUGCCCUGCAGACGCUGGGCAUUCUGUUGAGCUUCGAUACAGCCAGCUUAGAGGCUCGCAGCGGUCCGCAAACAGUCGCAGACAUUUGGCUCUCCUUCUGGCGAACUUGGAUCUCAAUCGGGCACAGUUUUGUCUCCUCUUUUGUUACUGCCUCUCCCAGUGCCGGUUCGGGAACAACGACCCCUCCCAACAACAACAAUUCGAGCGUUCUCUCCACCUCUGGCCGCGUUAACUCGAAUGGGCCCGUUGCCGCAGACACAGCCACCACGCAACCCGUCAAAAGCGUAAUUCCAUAUUAUUCCUCUAUCUAUUUAUGA